AGAGAAUCGGCGUCCAAACAAACGUUGAAACAGUAUGUAAUAUCAGAAAGGAAAAACAUUACACUUUUUUUUUGGUUACAAUUUUGUUAAGGUUACUUAACCUGUACAUGGCACAAUAAUCAUGACAUAGAUGUGGAAUAUCUAAAUGGCAGCUAGUAGCAGUGGACGUGAUGUGGAUCCUGCCAUGGAACCUUUCCAUUUUAAGAUAAAGCUGGAUCCACAUCUUGUCCACACUGAUGAUGAUGAUGAUGGUGAAGAAGAUAUAAAAGACCAAGAUGCAGUUUAUAAGUGCUUCAAAGACAUUUAUUUACUUAACAAUUGGUUUGAAAUUUCCAGACUUGCAUGCAUCAAUGUCAGGGAGAUAACUCCUGAAUUUGAGGUAACACUGUGUGUGUCUUCUUUUGAACAACUCCUAAAAAUAAAGAAAGCCAUUGAUGAAAGUGAUCUGACAAAACUGUUUACAGAUUAUGCUGUUAGUAAUGGUUUAGAAGCAGCUGUUGGUGUACUUAGUGAUCAGACUGUCCAACUCAGGAUCGAGGUCUCUCUAUUGGAGGAUAAGAAGACGAUCAGAACAGCAAAAGCUUAUUUUAAAACACUGUCAAAGAACCCAGAAAAAUCAAGACAAGAAAAGCAGGACAAUAAAGGUUCAAAACUGCAGGAUAAAAGUGACUGUAACUCUGAGCAGUCGGGUAAACAAAAGACCACAGUACCAAAGGAAAAUGUUGAGCAGCACCCAAAUGCCAGUGAUCCCAACUACAGUUCUGACCAGCCUUCGGGUCAAGUGGACAAGGAAGGCAACAGAGAUCUUGAUGUAUGUAAUCUACAGCUGAUGAGUAUAUAUUCUGUCUAUCAAUACACUAUUCCUUUUUGGUUUCC